CCAUUUGCUUGCCACCAAAACAAAUUAGCAAUAAAAGAAAAGGGAGAAGAAGAAAAGUCUUUCUAUUUUCUUUCAAUAAAAAGGAAGCCUCUAUUGAUUAUGAAUCACUUUGACUUGUUCUCCUUCUGAAACCAAACAAUACUCGCUCUCUCUCUCCAAAGUAUAAAACUGGAACCCAAGGAAUUUAUGGUUUGAAUUUAGCUGGGAGAAACCUAUUUACCAUCAUCAUUUUUUUUUAUCUUUGCUACCUCUUGAUCAAAAACCUUUAUUUCUUCCUCUAAUAUAAGGGUUUUCGCAUCCGUGUGACCUAGGUUCUUCCGGUAUAGAAGUUUGAGACUCUUGAAUUGGAAGCAGUAAUGAGGAACAAUUGGUUGUUGUUCAUGGAUUUAAAUGGAGAAUCUCAAUAUACGUUUCCCUUAGAACCCCUAUUGUCACAAGGAUUUGGGGCUAAUCUCUUUUCUCAAAUUAGUUCAUUUGUUGACAACCCGUUGCACCAAUCGGGAUUCUUACACGUCCCAGAAACAAUGGCUUUUCAAGAAGCUUUGAACCACGUGUCGAAGCUUGCUGGUGGUUUGAUUUUUUGGUUCACUAGCGCAUCCAGUUCAAAUUUGAGCCGGCAAAUAUCAGGCAAUCAGCGUUCUCCCCGACCAGGAAGCUGUAAAUCUCCUGCACAAGUUAAGAACUCUACUUCUACUAGACAUGAUCUUGCUGGGUUAGGCUUCGGUUCCAUAUCAAAAGGAGAGUCUUCCCAUCCUGUGUUUUUUAGUAGGAUUUCAAAUUUCGUGAUGAGGCUUCUACACAGGGAAGCUGAAAGACUUCAAUCAUUCCCUGUGCUCUCAUUAGCUGCUGCUCUGAUACCACCAUUUGGCAACUUAUCUUCAAAGUUACUAGCUAUUCCUGGGGAGAAUGAUGAUGUACCAGUACAUGCAUCCACUGGUCAAAGGCCUUGUGAAGUUGAGCGUUCUGGAUGUCCAGGCCUCUCAUUUCCUGAUUUAAACUGGACAAGGCAUGCUGUUGAGCCCAGAACGGGCAUUGAGUUCCCAAUGCUUUUGGACAUCUUAGCUGGGCAGAAUAGAUCUAGAUUAACUUCAGAGGUCCUUGUUGCCACUGGAUCCAGAACUAUGACAAUAAUCAGAAUAAAGACCCUGAAGAUUUAUGCAUUUGGUUUUUAUGUUCAUCCUAAUUCUGUCUGCAAAAAACUGGGCCCAAAGUAUGCUUCCGUUCCAAUGGGUGAAUUAAAUAAACGCCGUGACUUUUACGAGGAUCUUCUCAGGGAAGACAUCUCUAUGACUGUUCGACUUGUGAUUAACUGCAAUGGGAUUAAAAUCAACACUGUUAAAGAUGCCUUUGAAAAAUCACUUCGAAACCGUUUGGUGAAGACGAACCCGGACACUGAUUACAAUUGCCUGACAACAUUUGGUUCAUUCUUCACAAAAGAUGUCCCACUACCUGCGGGAACAGUAGUUGAUUUUCGACGGACAGCUGAUGGGCAACUAAUAACUGAAAUUGGAGGUAACCAAAUUGGAGCAGUUCGUAGCAAAGAUUUAUGUAGGGCUUUCUUUGACAUGUACAUAGGAGAUAUUCCUGUCUCAGAGCAAACUAAGGAAGAGAUUGGCAAGAAUGUUGCCUGCAUUAUUGGGAAGUGCUAACCAAAAAACCUUCCAUUGUCCCAAUUUUUUACGAGCAGUUGGCUGCAGAUUCAUUGAACUUCCGGGUCACAUUUUUGUGACUAUAAAGAUCUGUUGAUGACACGCACCUUUUAAACCUGGUUGUGGCCCAGCUGGAGGGGAUUUCAACGCGCACUGGAAUGUGCAUCUAGGAAGUGGUUGGAUGGGAGGUCAUACAUGUUAUACAACAAGUAGAUUUAGUUAAAAAAUCAAAUCUGAGAUGAAGAUGGGGACCUCAAGGGGGUGCAUAACCACCACAGAAGCGAUUCUUUGUAACUUUUUUCAUGGGGCUUUGCUGCCCCCAACUAGAUCCAAGUUAUUACAAUUAUCUUUCAGAUACGAAGAGGAUAUAGGAAAGCAUGCUGUCACUGCUGUGUUGAUGCAUACAUACUGAGUUUCUACCACAGAGGAUGCACUAUUGCUUGUAGUCAAUGGCUGCAAUUGCCGUUCAUUCAGACCAUGGUUCUGCCCUGCGUUUGAAACAAACUGCUCUUAUAUAAGCCUCAUCGGGCACGUUUUGUGAUUCA